CCCCCGCCGCACCCCUCGCCCGCCCCCACGCAGGGCGGAACGCGCCGCGCGGGCCCGCGUUGCGCGGGGAAGAGUGCGCGGCGGCACCGGCCGGCGGCUGAGGGGGCGGGCCGCCAUGGCGGUGGACAUCACCCUGCUCUUCAAGGCCAGCGUGAAGACGGUGAAGACCCGCAACAAGGCGCUGGGGGUGGCGGCGGGGGACAGCGCCAGGGACGAGCUGCUCAAGCGGAGCGCCGCCCGCUCCAAGAGCGACUUCACCAGCCGGGCGCGGGAGGUGAUUUCUCAUAUUGGAAAGCUGAAAGAUUUUCUUCUGCAACACAGAAAGGAUUACAUUAAUGCUUACAGCCAUAUUAUGUCUGAGUAUGUGAGGAUGACAGAUACAGAGCGUGAUCAGAUAGAUCAAGAUGCUCAGAUAUUUAUGAGGACGUGUGCCGAUGCCAUUCAUCAGCUGAGAACAGAAGCACACAAGGGUGUCCAGUCUGCUCAGGUAAAGGAGCACAGAACAGCUGUCUUGGACUUCAUUGAAGAUUACUUAAAAAGAGUGUGUAAGCUGUAUUCUGAACAAAGAGCCAUACGAGUUAAGCGAGUGAUAGAUAAGAAGAGACUGUCCAGACUUGAGCCUGAGCAGAGCAACGUGUCCAAAUCACCUCUUUCCCCUGAAAAAUCUUCACAGAAUCCUUUAGAUGAUUCUGAAGAAAAGCUUUCUGCUGAGGAAAGCAAAGACAGGAAUCUGCCUGAUGCCCAAAGUAACCUUGGAUUAUGGGGGGACGGCAAAGGUGAAGAUGAGCUGUCACCUGAAGAAAUACAGAUGUUUGAACAGGAGAACCAGAGACUUGUGGGUGAAAUGAAUAACCUCUUUGAUGAAGUCAGACAAAUCGAAGGAAAAGUGGUGGAAAUCUCCAGAUUACAAGAGAUAUUCACUGAAAAAGUCUUGCAACAGGAAACUGAUAUUGACAAUAUCCAUCAAUUAGUUGUGGGUGCAACAGAGAAUAUCAAAGAAGGCAACGAAGACAUACGAGAGGCCAUCAAAAACAAUGCUGGAUUUAGAGUAUGGAUCCUAUUCUUCCUUGUGAUGUGUUCAUUUUCCUUGCUUUUCCUGGACUGGUAUGAUAAUUAAAAAUAUAAUAUUGUCUACAUGCUUUGUUUGUAAAACUUUUUGACAUUUUUUUCAAUGGAGCAGGGUAUAUAUGGCAUACCUGUGUCUUUUAUGCAUUUUUUUCAUACUGCUAUGAUGGAAAUGUUUUCCAGUAAAUAAGCAUGUGUAUAUAUCCAUUAGUGCAGAGGGAGCAGAUAGGAUUCAUUUUAAAUCCCUUUAUCGAACAUAAACCCACACUUAAUCCUGCAAAUAGCAUAGAAACCUUUGAAAGAGCUGCUAAGAAAGCUACAAGCUGGAGCAGAGCUAACAGAAGAAAAAAACCGAUAAUGGUUUUAUCAUAGUCACCCACACAUCUGUCAUGUUUAAAGUCCAGCUCCCAGUGUGCAGACCAGAUCAAGAGAAAACUGUUCCUGUGCAAAAGCAUCUACACUCUCUCAGGCUUUUAUUUAAUCAUACCACUUCAGUACAUAGUGAUCACUUUGCACAUGUAUGACCUCUACUUCUAAUCCUUUGGAACUACUCGAGUCAGAGAUCAGGUUGAUUUAAUAGUAAUAAUAAUGAUAAGUCAGCUAGAGAGCUUUACUUCUAGGUGAAAAGAGAGAAUACAACACAAACAGAUUGUGCAGUGAAACAGAUGUUCUGGGAUGUUGGAACAAAGCCAAAGGAUAGACAAUAUUUAAGCUAAACUCUUC